ACUUAACAGUAACUUCUUCAUUUAUAAUUUCCGAUUUCAUCCGUCGAUCCGAGAAGAGAAGUAGGACCGUUCCUCGUCAUCUCUCUCUCUGUAAAAAAACAAAACCAGAAAAGAGAAAGGGAAAACUUCUCUUACGAGAUAAUGAUGUCUUUUGGAGCUUUCGUUUCUACCUAUUCCGUCGGAUCAGAAACGAAAGAUUAAGAACAAGAAGGAAGAAGUUCGAACCAGAGAGAAAGGAUAGAGCUUUCCAGCCUCUCUCGCCUUUGGCUCUCGGUUCAGAAUGGUUGCAGGUAAGGUUAAAGCGGCAAUGGGAUUGCAGAAAUCCCCUGCAGCCCCAAAACCAGAGACCCCCAAGUAUUGCCCGUCUCCUUCUGCUAAAUCUUCGCCCAAGCCUCGUUCCUUUGGCGUCUACUUCCCUCGCUCUUCUGCUCAAGUCCAGCCUCGUCCGCCCGACGUUUCCGAACUCGUUCGUCUCGUCGAACAGUUGCGCGAGAAGGAAUCUCGCCUCAGAACGGAGUUGCUCGAGCAUAAGCUUUUGAAGGAGACUGCAGCAAUUGUUCCGUUUUUGGAGAGCGAAAUCUCGUCAAAGGACGCGGAGAUUGAGAAGUCUGCCAAGACGAUUGAGAGUUUGGAAUCUGAAAAUGAGAGGUUGAGGCGCGAACUAGAGAGCUUGCGGGCGAGGAUCGAUGACGACACAAAGGAAAGUGAAAAGAAGAGCUUGGAAGUUGAGAAUGAGAGAUUAAGACGAGAGCUGGAGAGCUUACAAAUGAAGAUGGAUGUAGACCUGAAAGUAACGGAAAAGAAAGCGAGGGAAAUGGAGCAGGAGAUUGCGGAACUUAAGAGAACUGUUUCGGAGUAUAGCCGAACGGUAUCGAAGAGGUUUUUAUGCAGAGAUACGGUCGAGGACGAAUGUUCUUCGUCCCAGAGGUUUCAGGGACUAAUCGAUGUGUCUGCGAGGUCGAAUCUAAUGAAGAACUUGAAGAGGGGCCAGAAAUCAACGGAAGUUGCUUCGAAUCUAGAAACUCAGAAAGUUGAAAUUGCAGAUCGGAAGAAAGAAGAUGCAGAGAGCGAACGACUGCAGCAGUCUCGCUGCAAUGCGGAAGAAGUUUCCGAAAUAUCGGAAUCUACAAUCCCUUCCGUGAAAUCGAGAGCUCCUAGAGUCCCAAAACCCCCGCCGAGACCUUCCUCGUCAGCUUCAUUGUCGUUAUCGUCACAACCGACUUCAGCGCCAUCCUCACCAACGUCGUCAUCAUGCUCGACAUCUUCCACGAGUGCAGAGGGCAAAAUGCCAACGGUAACCAUUAAGAAACCGCCGGCGAUUCCGCCUCCUCCGGUUCCACCUCCCCCGCCUGCGAAGGCAGCACCGCCGCCACCACCACCGCCACCAUUAUCGGCGAAGGGGCUGAAAACGGCAGCAGCAAAGGUGAGACGAAUUCCGGAGGUGGUAGAGUUCUAUCACUCCCUGAUGCGAAGAGAUUCAAGGAGGGAAUCUGGCGCCGGCCUCUCCGAUGUUCCGGCGGCGGCGAACGCGCGAAACAUGAUCGGCGAAAUCGAGAACCGGUCCACUCACUUGCUCGCUAUAAAGACAGACGUGGAGACUCAAGGGGAUUUUAUACGUUUCUUGAUAAAGGAAGUUGAAAACGCCGCGUUUACAGACAUCGAAGACGUGGUCCCCUUCGUCAAGUGGCUCGACGACGAGCUUUCUUACCUGGUCGAUGAAAGGGCAGUCCUGAAGCACUUCGAUUGGCCGGAGCACAAGGCCGACGCAUUGCGAGAGGCUGCCUUCGGCUACUGUGAUCUCAAGAAACUCGAAGCCGAGGCUUUGUCCUUCCGCGACGACAGUCGCCAACCGUGCGGUCCGGCACUCAAGAAGAUGCAAGCUCUGCUAGAAAAAUUAGAGCACGGAGUGUACAAUCUAUCACGUAUGAGAGAAUCAGCAACAAACCGAUACAAAGGAUUUCAUAUUCCCACGGAUUGGAUGCUUGAAACUGGAUUUGUUAUUCAGAUCAAGCUAGCAUCCGUGAAAUUGGCAAUGAAGUACAUGAAGAGAGUAUCUGCUGAGCUGGAAGCUGUCUGUGGUGGUCCAGAGGAAGAAGAGCUUAUGCUUCAGGGCGUAAGGUUUGCGUUUCGGGUACAUCAGUUCGCCGGAGGAUUUGAUGUUGAAACAAUGCGCGCAUUCCAGGAGUUGAGAGACAAAGCUAGAUCAUGUCGUAUACAGAGUCAAAACCAGCAGCAACAGAAGCUCGUUUGCAGGUCUACACCUUGCUAGACUGUAGCAAACCAAUUUCUGUAGCACUACCAGUCUUUUCCUGUAAAGAUACGAACACCACGCUUGCUAUAUUCAGCAUUUUUAGCAAUUUAAAUUCAAAUUUAUUCAAACA